UUGGAAAGAUCGUUCUAACGGUUACGGGCUCCGUUCAAAAGUGCGGAAUGAACGCCACAACGCUACAUGUUGAAGCGUGCAAAUGCAUGUUGUCACUUGAAAAUGACAACCAAGCUGUUUGGGAUCAGAUGUUCCAUUUGCUACCGAAGCUUCGCCAAGCCCUUUCAUGUCGUGUGUGCCGCGGUUUAUUGAUCGACCCGUACGGAUCUCACAGCUGUGAGCACCAUGUCUGCAAAGGAUGUCUACGGAAAAAACGGGCUUUGAUACCUGGAUGUCGGUGGUGUACAAACUUAGAAAAGCUAACGGAAGAUAAACAGGCAAGAAUUCUCUUAGCUUGUUAUCAAAAGCUUUGCGAAUACGUCGCUCAAAAGGCGGUUGGUGGACAAUUACUUGCCACGCAAAAUGGCGAGUAUAGCAAGACUUUGGCGAUCAUUAAAGAGGCGGUGACAAGUCCAAUUUCACUCGCACACUUUGAGAAUCAACAGGAACAAGCACCGGUACCCGCAAACACCACAGAUUCAAAUUCCAAAAUUUCCCCUUCUACGAGCGGGAAUUUGAACAUGGCGACCGAGUCACGUGUCACACCAGUCAAACUUCCGCCGGAAAUAGAACUGCUCCCUCCAAAACGAGUCACUAAGUUGUUGUCUUCUCCGACAGGAAGUGACAGUCAGAAAGACAAGAAAAGGAAAAGAAAACCAUUCAAAGGAAGUUAUUACAAUUAUGGGAAAAAGAAAAAAACUGUCAGGCUCAGUGCAAAUGCAACAAAUUCUUUUUAUAAUUUGGGGAGUGAGAAAAAUAUUUCUACAGAUUUUGCUUCUCUGGAUUUUAAAACUGGAGAUUGUCCGCAAAAAGUUAUUAUGGGAGAAGAGGAAAGUGAAGAGAUUCAAGUUGUUGAUAAUGUUGAUCUUGAACCGAAGCCUAAGAUUGAACAAAAACAAACUGUUGUGGUGACUCCUCCUGGAAAACACAGAAAGAACAAAGGGAAGGUGAAGAGGUGUUCUUGUGGUAUGUCAUCUAAGCUUCAAAGCCCCAGGUGUGUCACCACACGCUGCCCUUGCUUCAGUGAUGAAGGAUCAUGUGAACUCUGCCCUUGUUUAAAUUGUGGUAAUCCCUUUAACAACAACAAUAAUAACAAUAAAAUGCAGCCAGAUGGAAAAUAUCCAUUGAAGUGUGUAGAUGAAAAGAGCAUGCUGACAUCUGUAGAAUGAUUGAUCAUAAUAGGAUUCAGAGAAGGAUUACCAUGCAUUAAAUAAGGAUAAGAAAUGGAGCCAAAACACCUAGUUAAACUUUUAUCAUCACAGCCUUAGUGUAGAUAUGUUAGAUGUCUUUGAACCAAGUUGGAUUUAGGACCUGUAAUGGAAGCUGAAAAUCAAAACCACUUCUUAUUGAAUUAUGCAGAUUUUAAUUGGUUUGUUUUAACCCUUUAACUCCCAAGAUCUCAUUAGUAGUUCUCCUUACUGUCUGCUAUAUAGUUCUUGUGAUGUUAGCUUGGAGAAUUUGGUAUUGGAUCAAGUAAUAACCCCCUAAUUUAAAAGAUUUUUCUUAAUUCUCAUCACUUGUCUGCUUGAUAUUAUAUUGAUAUUGUAAGGAGAAAUUCUGACUUGGUCACUCAUGGGAGUUAAAGGGUUAACCUAAUGUUAAGAAAAUGUAAUUUUUGACUUAGGCUUCCGAAGGUGGGAAGUAACCUCAGAGAAAAUAUGAUUUUAAUUUUAAAGAACAUUACAAAGCUAUGUUAAACCUCUGUUAAACAAACAUCUGAAAAGAUAAACGAUCAGCAUUGACUCAAAUUCUUUUUUUUCCUAUUUGCCUGAAGGAUGCCUUCUCUUGGGUUGGUUUUGGAUUUCAGCAACCAUUUUGUUGAAGUGUUUUGACUCUUAGAGCCUAUUGCCAUGUAGCCUCUUACUGUAGUUCAAUUAUAUUACAUAGCUGAAUGGUGUUAUUCUGAUGUAACUUCAGAUUCUCCUCACUGCUGUAUUGGAAAAUUUAUAGCAGAUACGGAGGAGAAUAUGGAAUCAUUCUUGUGGAGUUACAUGGCUGGAAUAAAUACAUGCUUUCUCGCUAAAUAGUGGUUCUAAUUUUAUAAGUUAUUUCUGUGCAGUGGUGACUUCUUACAAAUAUGGAACAGAUUACUAUUUUAAAUAGAUGUAACUCUAUAGAUAUUUAUUUAUUAUCAUUCAAAUGUUUUGUUAUUUACUUUAACCAACCUGUACUAUAUAUCAGUGUCAAUAUGACAGAACUCAUAAGCAAGCUCUUUUUGCAAGGCUGUAAUCUUGUUUGUGUAGUUUAAAAAUGAAUCACUUCCCUUUGUGUUGAAUAAUGUAGCUUUUUGUGGUUAAGUGUCAGUCUGCAAUCAUACUGUUAUGAAGUUAUGUUCUUCAACCCUUUAACUUCCAGAGGUGAUUAACAUGUAAGUUCUCGUUAUAGUAUCCACACAUUAUCCAGCAAACAAGUAGUGAGAUUACUCAAACUUAUCAGGUACAGGAUUUUAUCUUGAUUGCACACCAAAUUCUCAAAACCAAUUUACAAGGAAAUGUUUGGCAGCUAGAGGAGAGAAUUAACAAUCAGAUCUUGGGAGUUGAAGGGUUGAUAGUUUGACUAUGAGUAGUCCUUCCUUUUCAGUGAAGUUUGGCGGGCAAGUCCAAAAAAAUCAGCGAAAAAUUUGUAAAAAAUUGAUGUUUGCAUGCCAUGCGAAACUCUGGGAAUUGAGGUGCAGGAAAGAAGUACAAUUCAUGCACCUUACCCCCAGAAUUUUGCUAGGCCAGGGGGCAUGGAUUUUUUUGACUUGCGUAAAAGACUUCAGUAAAUAGGAAGGAUUCCUUGUAGUUUAUUUAAUAGCUUUUAGAUACCAUAUAUGGCAAAGGUUAAGAAAUUGUUAGAGCUGACCUCAGUUAGAGCAAUAAAGAUUGCUACUGGAG